AUGUCUAAAUCCGAGUUGGAAGUGCAAGUUUGGUUCGUCAACCUCAUCCACGAUCAGAAGUAUAUCACGGCGAGAUGGGCGAAGCGGUACAGUAAGAUCACCGGUGUCGAGGUGGAAAUGCUCAUCAAAGCCACAAUUCUCUUCAUCAUCGGUCUCCUAAUUGUGCUCAAAGAGCCCCACUACCUCGCCAACGGACUUCUUGUCAUCGUCCCAAUCAUUUUGACCUACUUGGAGCCAGCGGAACGCCCGGCGACCGGAAUUAUGUUCAUUUAUUGGACACUAUUCGGCGUUUCCGUCGUUUUCGAUCGGAUUCUCGAGUAUAUUCCGUUGUAUUACAUCUUCAAACUGGCCGCAUUCAUCGGACUCUUCUUGCCACCAUCGAAUCCGACUAUUGAACUCAUUCAUAAGAAAAUCAAUAAUAUUCCAGAGAAGUGA